AUGGCCGAGAAAAUUAUUCCUGUAGUUCGCGCUGAAGAUGAAGAGGCAGAGGAAGAAGAAUUAGUUGACCCACAGACACAGUUACGGGAACAAUGCCAUGAAAAGCCCGAGAUGCAAGCAAUGUGGGCAAAAUACCAAGAAUGUAACAACAGAGUGAACUCUCGUUCAAACACUGCUGAAACAUGUGAAGAGGAACUUGUUGACUAUGUUCAUGUUCUUGACAAAUGUGUCAACAAAGAUCUUUUUAAAAGGUUAAAGUAA